CCGACCUGAGGCUUCAAUGUUUUUUAUAUGCCCCCUUUGUGGGCCUGACUUAUUUCUUUACCAUCAUUCUACAUCUUCGACAAAGAAUAUCCACCGCUUGCAGCUGGGGAAUAAUACAACCUAUCAAAUGCGAUAUCCAGUGCGCUAUCUCUCCUAGCGCGGUGGUUCCCAGGCAAGCAGGCCCUGUUUCAGUGUCUGGUGUACCACUCCUAAUAAUCAUCACACUCCGGCAUCAAGAUAUUUAUAUCCCUGAGUGGAUCCGCUCGAAGGGCCCGAGUUUCGAUUGAGAUGUUUUGUAAAAAGAGCAAAGGGGCCCCUCGUUCAUUAAAGAGCAAAUCCAGAGCGUGCUAAAAAAGCUCCCUUGAGAAUGGCACCGCCAUCAAAAAUUUCAUGCAACAUCAUUCAAAUCAAAUACCUUUAAAAUUAACCUUCCCCCCCCCAAAAACUCACUUGCAGCAAUUCAUACAUAUGCAGGCGCUGAUGGCGGCUGUGUGACAGACUGUGACCUAGAACGUCUCCCUUGUCUUUUCCUCCGUCCUAGAUUCCUAGUUUCUGGGGUGUUACGGAUUAAUAUAUGCGUUGAACGCAGCAGCAGCGUAUGCCAGAGCGGGCGACCGUGCAUAGGAUGCCUAUGGGUUUCCUGUCCACAUGGGAAUGUGCUCGGACUGCAUGUGCAUGCUAUCUAUGUAUGUGAUGUGUCAAAGGCAAAUCUGCAAACAUGAUAUUCACCCGCCCGAUCACCAUGCCAUGAAAAGAGGUUUCACGUUCUGCAUCAUGGGUCCCUUAACAGAAAAUCCUCUCCAAUAUGGUCGGUGGCGGGCUUCUCUCUAGCUAUUUCAAAAAAAAUACUUGUCUAAUAGUAAGGAGAGGAAGCAAAGAGUCGAAGGGCCACUCAAUGCGUGACUGACUGGCUGGCCCUUGACCUGGAGCAAUACCUAUAGAAGCCCAACCCUGUCAGAUACCACAGGAUAUCACGAGCAGAAUAUCAGAAUGUCGAACAUACCUAGGCAGAUAUAAACAAUAUUCAAAACAUCUCAUGACUGCUCUACCCUUUCUGCCCCUUACAUCACACUUCCACAACAUAACAAAUCUCCUCUGCACCUGCGGUAACUACUCGAAACAGCGUGCCGAGAACGGAUGGUUUGUGCAAGCGUCGUCUGUGCUGGUAAUAUCUCUACCCCCGCCAUCAGCUUUUCUAACGAGAACGGCAAAAUGCCCGUAUCUACUCUGUAGCUCCGUUGGAAAGAAAGAGCUUCAAUCAGCAGCUGCCCGCCAGGUUUACCUCUCGCCAAAAUCUCAUCUGCUCUUCUCGCUCCUCUAUUUUAGUUUUUCUGGCUUGCGGGGAAAUGGCAUUCAUGCAUCUCUACUAUAUCCCUUCCUCAUCGCGGAAUGACAUAAACGCGUAUGAUAGUAACCUCCUCCCUGUUAUUUUCUUGUAUCAGUCACUACGAAUCAACAUCGAUCAUCGAGAAAAAUGUCGUUUACACCGUUUUUGUCGUGUGGAUUGAUCGCGAUGCUGGCUGGUUGUUAGCUCCGCUACCGUACUUACUAGACAAGCGUUGCUCUCAUGAAAUUCUCGCUGGCAUCAGUUGACUACCAUGUAUGUUUCUUUCGCAUCACUACAUACCUAUACGCCACACAGGGGGGGGCUCUGUAUCACAAAUCCCUUCAUAAAAGGGGGCAAAAAUAUCGAUCGCAGUUGCAAACUCGUGAGAAAACUUGGACAACGCAUAUCCAUAGCGUGGCCACCCGUUACAUGAAUUCUUUUUCGCAAUGAUGCUAGCCCAUCGCAUUUUAACAGAUGAUGGUAUGUAUGAUAGACGGGAAAAAAGAGGGAAGAGCGUCAAAACAGUCUCGCUGUUGCCCAUUACCCUGGGUUCUGGGUGGGUCUGUAUUUAUAUAUGAAUGUGUGAGAUCGGCUACAUCCACAUCUUCAAAUUUGGGCAUUCAGGGCGGGGACGCGGGUUUUUGGCUGUGUCUAGGAUUGUAAGGCGAUAAUACCUAGACGCCUAUUAAUGAUUGACAUGCUUCUUUGAGAAACCCGUGACGUCAAUAUACGCAUUCGCCCUACGAAUCUUCGCUUGAGCAGUUUCUAACCAUCCUCCCGUGGCCAGACGUUGCAUCACUAAGUGGUCUGCAGUCUUGCGUACCUGACUUUGGCGAGUGAUUGGAUAUGUAUCAAUUAGCCCAAUCUUCCGAUCUUUUCAAUUCAUGCAUUCCCUUUCGUUGUCGUUUACCAGCCACGAGACAGCAGGGGCUAUAGAGGCAGGGAGCUGCGGCGUGUGAUGCGCAGUGCUAGAUUGACAAAGAGAGAUCAGAUGUUUUCCGCGAGCAGAUGGGUCCCAGUCAAACGUAUCGGCUGGUAAAACGGCUUUCAUCGAUAGGGAUUGAUUGCACACACAUAUGUGUCUAUCUAUCUAUGCGGUGUGAAUUUGAGGAAUGGAUGCGAAAGAAAGCAAACAAAGGCAGGCAAGUAGGACCCUGCACCCUGAAAAACGGGUGAGACGACACUAAUUGGACGUUUUAUUCUGAUGCUCCUUUCUCGUCCUCACCCUGGCAUCACCAUCUCAACGGAUUGAUAUGAUUCCACAUCCAGUAGAAGGACAUCGGCGUAGACCGAAAUUGUUCUCAGUCAGAUUAAUCUAUGCUUUAAAAUCCUUCAUUUUCUAGUCUGCUGUCUCAGGUUUCAUUUCAGCAGUAAGUAAAUUGAUAUGUUCAGAGAGCAGAGCUGCC